AUGUCAAAUUCAAAUAAUGGAUCCAUCUCGUCGUCGACAAACUCAAAAGAUCCGAAUUCGACGCAACAACCAAAUGUAACUGUGAACAGUCCUGUUCCUAAUGCUAAUCAUAGUCAUCGUCAUUCAGCGGCAGCAAUGGGUAGAAGGCCAUCAUUGUUAAGAAAUGAUUCAUCAAGUAAUUCUGUGUAUACAGCGAGUAAUACUUCUGCUAAUUUAUCCACACCCAUGCAUUCAACUCACCUUAAAUGGAGCUCAACUAGUAAUGGAAGUAAUAACCCCUCCGGUACGUCGACAAAUGAAUCGCAUAAUAACACCAAUGCCAAUGCAACGUCUUUGUUGACUCCUAAUUCUAAUAAGAGACAGACUAGUCAUAAUAAUUCCGGUAAUAAUACAUUAAGUUCCACUGGAGGUAGGACACGCUCCCGGUCGAUAACCCAGACCCUUUCACACAAUCUACAAAAUAAUAACAAGCAGUAUUUGUCCCAGGAGAAGGCAUACCUAAGAAAGAUGAAAAACCAGUUUGUGGAUGAUUACUAUACCAAAGGAAUUACUGGUGCAGAAAUGAAAGAGAGCGAGGUCAACAACAACGAUGACGAUGAGGAUGAAGACGAGGAUGAGACUAACCCUAAUGGUCACAGUGAUUUAUUGGCCGAUAUGGACGAUGAUAAAUACCAGAUUGACUACAAUUUAGCAUUUACGUUAUUAAAAAGUGGCAAAAACGCUAUCAAUAUCAAUCCAAACAGAAAUAUCACACAAUUAAGUGCUGAUAGUGCUGAUGAUCCUGCUGUGAUAGAAAGACUUGAAUGGCAGUCCAUGUUGACUUCUGUGCUUACAGGUGAUGUGGUGAGAUCUGAAAAGACUAAAAUUAUUAAUAACAAUAGUCCUGAACACGAGCAAGGCUCCUUCUUACAUGCGGCAUAUAAAGAGAACUUGUGGUUUGGGAUUAACGCUAAACUCUUUAAUAGAACAGAAGAUGAUCAAAGAAAAAUCAUUGAAUAUCGUCGUACCCUAGCUGACGCAUUAUUUGACGAAGUUUUAACAUAUGAAGUAAAUCAUGAUGACCCGGUGAACAAUCCGCCAAGGGAUCAGGUUGCUAGCAUACUCGAUAGGUAUGAUAAAUGUUGUGAUUUAUGGAGAACUUUGGAAGACAUGAAAAAUGAAAAACCAAUUUGUAGAACUGUUGAAUUCCAAGAUCGUAUUGAUGCUUUGACUGCUUGGUUAUCUAUUACGGAUGCGAUGCAGAGGGAAAGUGAUUCCUUAAAAACCUGGAUAGGAAAUGAUGAAAUGGAUAUCACUAAGAGUCGAAGUGAGUGCGGUAGUGCACCAUCUUCUGAAGCAACAACCCCUACAAGUACGAAAAAAAUAUUCAAUGAAGACAAUAAAUCAUUAGCUGAAAGGCUUAUGAAAGAAAAGGAUGUUUAUUCAAUUUUUCAAAAGAGAAUAUUUUUUCCAUUAGCUCCUUGGAUGAUCAAGUCGAAAGACACUUUCUUGAGAUUGGGGCAUAUUUUUGAAACGCUUAAAUUGCCUGACUAUAUUCACGAUUUGAUUCAGCUUUGUUUUAUACCAAUGAAAUUGAUUAAGGAAAUUAUCAAUGUGAGAUUGGUUUAUGCCAAAAAGUUGCAAAAUCCUACAUUAAUGAUGAUAGAUCAAAUGAUAGAUGAUUUCAAGUCUUACAUCACCAUAGCAUUGGAAGUAAAGCUGGGUAUUGUUGAGUACUGUAGACCAGAUGUGGGUAAGACAUGGGUAUUAAGUGACUUAUUUGAUUCUGAAAAUCAAGAUUUUGAUAUGGUGGUUUUGAAGUGUGUCAAGUAUUUCUUUGCAUUAUUAAAUAAAAAAUUAUUGGAUAGUUCUAGAUCACCUACUAAUUUCAGAACUUUCAAAGAACCUGAAGAGUUAGAAGAAACCUGGAAUUAUCUUAAAUGGUUGGGUAAUCUUAUCGAUGGAGGUAGUGUCGUUGUUGCUGAGCACAUAACUGUACUAACACUGAAGUUGAUCCAUAGACUAUUAGCCUAUUUCAAUAAUCAAAUAGGAACGCCUCCUUCUAAACCUGCUGGGGCGGCUGAUCUAAUCAGAUGGUACAGCUCGACCACAGAAAACUUUGGGCAAUUACGUCGUAAAUUGGCAAGAUUUACUGGUGAAAUUUCUAGAGACUUUACGAAUUCUUUAGUUUUUGAUCUUUCAUCAACGCCUAGCAAUAGAACUAAAACUAUACUCGAAGUUUUGAGAUCAACUAAUCAUUUCUUAGUAUACACUGGUACGGUGGAGACACAGGGAACUUAUUUUUUUGCAAGUGCCGAAUUGAUGGGUAAUGAGCAAGAAAUAUUACGAAUAAUUAAUGGUUCUUAUAUUGGCUCGGAUCCGAAUGAAGCAAACCUGGACUUUUCUGAUUUGUUGAAGAUGCUUCAAUUGCAUGAAGAUGGGGAAACAGACCAGCACUCUGACUUAGUAGACCACUUGGAUCCAAACGAAUCAGGUGAUUUUGGAUAUGUCUUAGCGUUAUGUCCUCCUAAACCAAUCGUUUGGGAAGGUCACAUUGUUACUAUUCAAUUAGAAAACGUACCUAUCACUGACAUUAAAGUGGGACAAAUACUUAUGAUAACUAAGUUACCUUACAGCAACUUGCAUAUGGUAAAAGAAAAAUUUUUGGACACAGUAAAUGAUUUCAUAUUAGUUGGUGGUGUAAUGAAGCAAGUUGACCAAAGGUGUUCCUUAGCCAAAGUACAUCAUGAACUAACGAAGAUUAAUCGAGUCUUCUUUAAAAUGUCAUUGUCAGUUUUGGAUUCUGUAAAGAAAGUACGAGCUAACUGUAAAGAAUUAGCUGUUGAAAAUAGCUGUCAAGAGUUGAUCAAUAGUUAUUUUAUCUAUGCAAAAGACUUUGGUAAAAACUCUGUAAAAAAUUUAGAUUCUUCGAGAAAAUCUACGGUUAUUAUGAAACUUAUUCAACUCUCUAUUGAAUGGGUUAGUUUUGUUUGUGAUGAUUGUAUACCUACGGAUAGGAGAACUUUUAGAUGGUGUGUGUUAGCUUUGGAAUUUGCAAUGGAUAUGACUAGAGGCUUUAACGUGUUAGUCUUGAAUGACGAGCAAUUCUAUAAGUUGAAAUUGAAGGUUGCCCGCUGCAUGUCGUUACUUAUUUCUCAUUUCGAUAUUAUGGGUGCAAGAUCUAGUGAAGCUGAAAAGAAGAAAUUAUUAAAAUGGUCUUCUCAGAGACAUAGGAUUGAAAAUUCAGCUGAUGAUGCAUGCAUUAUACAAGCUUAUAGGGAAGAUGUCAUGAAAGAGAUUGAAGAAAUUGAAGAUUAUAGAAGAGAUUUGCAAGAGCAGUUGCAGUCGAUUGGUAGAGUUUUAGACGUCACCGACCUGGAAUACCAAUUCGUUACUCUAUUAGCAUCUUCCUUCUCUAGCGUUUCUAUUAGGUGGCAAAAAGGUAGAUUUAUUGGAGGAGGUACAUUUGGACAUGUUUAUGCGGCAGUCAAUUUAGAUACCGGUGGUGUUAUGGCAGUCAAAGAAAUAAGAUUCCAUGAUAGUCAAUCUGUUAAAAAUAUUGUGCCUUCAAUUAAAGAUGAAAUGACUAUUUUGGAAAUGUUGAACCACCCUAAUGUUGUUCAAUAUUUUGGUGUUGAAGUUCAUCGUCAUAAGGUGUACAUUUUCAUGGAAUUCUGUGAAGGUGGUUCUCUUGCGGGCUUGUUAACACAUGGACGUAUAGAGGAUGAAAUGGUCAUACAAGUCUAUACUUUACAAAUGUUAGAAGGGUUGGCUUAUUUACAUCAAUCUGGUGUCGCACAUCGUGAUAUCAAACCAGAAAAUAUUUUACUUGACCAUAACGGUGUCAUUAAGUUUGUUGACUUUGGUGCUGCAAAGGUAAUUGCGACGAGUGGAAGAACUCUUGGUGGUGGUAGUGGUGGUAGUGGUGGUGCAAAUCCAGGCCGAAGCUUGAAUGGCACCAACUUGAACUCAAUGACUGGUACUCCUAUGUAUAUGUCCCCAGAAGUAAUAACCGGUGCAUCUGGUGCCAGGAAUGGUGUCGUAGAUAUUUGGUCGUUGGGUUGUUGUGUGUUAGAAAUGGCCACUGGUCGCAGACCUUGGACUAAUCUCGAUAAUGAGUGGGCCAUCAUGUAUCAUAUUGCUGCCGGUCACAAACCUCAACUACCUUCCCCAGACCAAUUAAGUGAACCAGGAAGAAAGUUUAUAUCAAGGUGUUUGGAGCAUGAUCCUAGUAAAAGGCCUGGAGCUGUUGAGUUGUUAAGCGAUCCUUGGAUUGUCGCCAUUCGUCAAGCAGCUUUUGUUUCUUCUGAGAGUGUUAGUACACCAUCGUCAGACGUUGGAUCUGAUAUGUAA